AUAAAAAUUAAAAAUCAUCAAGAACAAAUUAUCAAACCUUCGAUCUAUUCAACAAAGUCACGCUAAUUGAAAGCAUGACAAAACAAUUACAAAAUAAUUAGCAAUUUGUUAAUGAAACAGAUGCAUAUACUUCAACGAUCGCUUCGAAAUCGAACGAAUGGAGCAUAACAAACGAAAUCUCGCGAAAACCUCGUGAAUCUGAACUAAACAAUUGUCUUUUGUGCAGAUCAAAAUGCCUGGCGGUGUUGUAUUUUUAGUUUGCAUACCGACGUUCAGUUAUGAACAUGAAUUAAUCUUUGGCGUGCCUUUGAAACAAAACAAGAAGAAUGAAAAACCAAGGAAAAUUAUAACUGGACCAAAAGUUGAUGUGAGACUUAGAGAGACAAGAUCGAAGACACAUCUUUUAAGAUUGAAUGAUAACGACGAGCGGGAUGAUAUCGAUAUCGACGAUGAUUUGGCUGAUAGACGAUAUAGAAAUCGAAGACGUGGCAUUUCCGGUCAACGGGACAAAGAUCCGGUUUUCGUGUCGAUGGAAACAGUCUUAGAAGAAUUGCUGAGGAAGCUGAAAGUAGAACACGUUGUCUGGUGCAGAGACAAGGAGAACAUGUAUUACGAGGUUAUAUUUCCUGUACCAGCCGGGGAACCAUGCGAAAAUUGCCUCCAUUGCCUCACGGAAAUGGGAAUUGGCGUGAAAAUGAACUCCAUAGUAAGUGUAAUUCCGACCCAGUGCACGUAUAGCGGUAUAGGAGGUAUUGGUGCUACGCCUAUCAAAGAUGAUCUAGCUCGAAGACGAAAAGAAUCUGAAGAAAGGAAUAAUGCUUGGAAAGCUUUCGUGGAAUCCAUACGUUCGAAAUUGACGGUUAAACAGGUCGUUGAUGGGGUUCGUAGUGGAGGUGAUCUCACGUUUGAUUAUGUAUUGCUGGUACUGACUGCAGAUUGUCUAGCAGCUCUAGGUCUCAUUGAGAACAGUGCGACCAAUGUUGUGGCUGCAAUGUUAGUGUCUCCCUUAAUGGGUCCUGUGAUGUCUUUAACCUUUGGAACCAUCAUAGCUGAUAGAAAUCUUCAAUUUAUCGGUCUAAAGAGUCUCUUACUAGGUAUAUUCCUCUCUAUACUCUUUGGCUUUAUCUUCGGUCUCAUUCUUGGUACCACGGAGAUGCCUUGGGGUUACAACGAUUGGCCAACCGAUGAGAUGAAAGGCAGAGGAAAUUAUAGAUCCCUCUGGAUGGGCGUGUUAUGGGCUUUACCAUCAGGCACAGGCGUAGCCGUGGCAUUGUUGCAAGGAAGCAAUGGUCCCUUAAUUGGAGUUGCUAUAUCAGCUUCUUUAUUACCACCGGUAGUAAAUUGCGGUUUAUUCUGGGCGCUUGGAUGUAUAUGGUUAAUUUAUCGACCGAUUAAAAUGCCGCACAUGAAAGGAGAGUCUUAUACCAAUUACAACACCUCAUAUGUCUACGUAUAUACUGAUUACUUACCGGUCGAAUUCUUCUGCAAUGGCAUAAUCAGCGCGUGUCUAACCUUUGUUAAUGUAAUGUGCAUCUUUAUCACCGCGAUCAUCGUGCUUAAGAUUAAAGAAGUAGCCGCUCCGUAUACUUCAACACCGGAACUACGUCGUUUUUGGGAGCAUGAUAUUCGCUUGGUCCGUGAUAAAAAUAUUUCACGAGAUAACAGUUCUUUAGAUUCGAGUUUUUACGGUGGAUUAAGUAAAACAAAACAACGCGUGCUAGAACAAACGUUAAAUGAAGCGGUACGUGAAGCCAUAGAUGAUGAAACAUUCCGCAAAGUCCAAAGAUCAAGUUAUGGUCAACAUGGUCCAGACGAGUUUACACCAAAAUUUGGACCUUAUAUGAGCAGUGGGACAAUUAAUGUUACAAAUGAACAAAAAGAACAAAUUAUAUCUAAUGGUUUUAAUUUACCGGAAGGUUCUGGCAGUACGAGCGAAGAUUUGGCUGCUCUCGAUAGAUUAAUCACAUAUCUUUUGGGACAGUCAAAUAAUCCCAGUUCUGGUCAUUUGGAUUCUUGGCGUCGUUCUUGUAGAGCAAGUGCUCGAGGUUACAGACAAUUACGCAGUACAGAUGCAAAAGGAGGCGCUAUUGGUUCUAAUAUCGAUACGACGUCACUUUAAUCAUAUAAUAAAAUGGAUUAAAAUGAAUAUUAUAUUAAUCGAUAAUAAUAAAAACAAUCGAAUAUUG